AUGUUAAAUUUGGGCAGCGAGAAAAUUAUGCCCCUGUUAUGCGAAAAGGGUCUUGUCGAUGAGGCUUAUUGUGUGUAUCAAAAGAUAAGAAGAUUGCCUGCUACUCAGAGUUGUAAUGCAAUUUUAGAUGGGUUUCUUAAGGCGGGAUGGGUUGAAUUCAUGUGGGAAGUUUAUGGACGAAUGGUGUCAAAUGGCAUGUUGCCUAUCGAUGUAAGCUACGGGAUAUUAAUUGAUGCUUGUUGUGAUCUGGGGGAUAAUGCGAGAGCGAAGGUAUUGUUUGACGAGAUGGUUGAAAAGGGGUUGUUGUGA